GAGGAGGAAGAGGAGGAAGAGGGGAAGAUGACUACAGCUCAGGGAGAUGAGGAGGAGGAGGAGGAAGAGGAGGGAGGACCAGCUGUUGAAGAUGCUGCUGUGAUGAAGAAGAAGAUGAAAUUCAAAGAUUCUAAGUUUGUUCCAGGAAUCGUUUACAUAGGUCACAUUCCUCCGAAGCUCCGCCCCAAACACCUGAGGAACAUGUUGUCUGUGCACGGAGAGAUCGGACGAGUGUUCCUGCAACCUGAAGAUCUUCAGGUCAGAAGGAGGAAGAAGAAGUCCGGCUUGAGAAGGUGUGACUUCACUGAAGGGUGGGUGGAGUUCAGGGAUAAACGAAUGGCGAAGCGAGUGGCGGCGUCGCUCCACAACACGCAGAUGGGAAACAGGAAACGCCAUCGCUUCUCUGCUGACCUCUGGAGCAUCAAGUACCUGCACCGGUUCCAGUGGACUCACCUGAGCGAGCAGCUGGCCUAUCAGAGGAUAGUUCAGCAGCAGAGACUCAGGACUGAAGUUUCUCAGGCGAAGAAAGAAACAAACUUCUACCUGAACAAUGUGGAGAUGAGUUCUAACCUGGACAAAGACAGGAAGAAGAGACGAAGAGACGGAGGACAGGCCGACGACAAGACGUGGGACUUCACUCAGCGACAGACAGAGGAGGAGAUCCAGAUGAAGAAAAACAAAAAGAAAGACUCCAUUUCCCAGAAGCACCUUGACAAGGCGCGCUCCAUUCAGCAGAAGAGCCAAUCAAAUGUCUCCCUGUUGACCAAGAUUUUCAACUCCAACAAAUCACAGUGAGAGACGGCUGAUUUCCACAGAGACAGUAAACAAACUGAUGAACUUCACCAGCCAAUCUGAGCUCAGUCUGAGUUGAGGGGUGGCGCCAUUGGAGCAGCCUUCUGACCUGAUUGGUUGAUUCUUAUGCAGCAGCUGCUUACGAGCUCAUUAGAGCCAAUGACCUGUUUUUAUUUUAUUAAUAAAAAAUUAAAUAAAUUAUCUGUCUCUCUGAA